GGGCCUUAUAAAGCGCCGGCGGUCGGGGCCCCGGCACGCUCCCCCGGAGCCUGCCGCCCACAGCCUCUGCCGUGCACCCCUGCCCGCCUGGCCAGGGCCCGGCUCCCACCCGUGGAUGAGCCACCGGACCUCCUCCACCUUCAGAGCGGAGAGAAGCUUCCACUCCUCCUCCUCCUCCUCCUCGUCCUCCUCGUCCUCCUCGGCCACCCGAGCCCUGCCCGCCCAGGACGCGCCCAUGGACAAGGCCUUGAGCAUGUUUUCUGAGGACUUUGGCAGCUUCAUGCGGCCCCGCUCGGAGCCCCUGACCUUCCCAGCCCGUUCUGGGGGGCCGGGCAACAUCAAGACCCUCGGGGACGCCUACGAGUUCGCUGUGGACGUGAGUGACUUCUCCCCCGAAGACAUCAUCGUGACCACGUCCAACAACCACAUCGAGGUGCGAGCCGAGAAGCUGGCGGCUGACGGCACGGUCAUGAACACCUUCGCUCACAAGUGCCAGCUGCCGGAGGACAUGGACCCCACCUCGGUGACCUCGGCCCUGAGGGAGGAUGGCAGCCUCACCAUCCGGGCUCGGAGACACCCGCACACGGAGCACGUCCAGCAGACCUUCCGGACAGAGAUCAAAAUCUGAGGGCCUCCGCCUUCCCCCGCUUCCCGACGCCCCGCCUUCUCCCCCGCUGGCCCGCCGGUUUUCCUGACCCCCUCCUGACAGCUCUCGGGACAUCUCCGCCCAGACCCCAGCCCUGACGGCCCCAAGACCCCAGGCGGGGAGCCCCACCCCUGGGCUGAGGCCCUGGGCUCUGCCCUUGCCUACCUGUGGCCCCAGAUUCCAGAUGGGGCCUCUUGGCUUAACCCAGAGCAACGGGACCGGGAUGGGGAGAGGAAGACCCCAGAGAAAUCCCGGGGGGAAGGGAGAUGAGGAGAGGCAGGGUCUCCGGGCAAAUAAUCUGCAGGACAGACAGACAAAAGCUUUGCUCUAUGGAGUCUCUGCAGGGCAGGGGCGGGGAAGGGAACCUGGGACCCUCUUGCAAGGGGGGCAGGAGAGGCAGAAGGCAGACCUCCGGGGCCUAGGGGCCAGAGGAGACAGCGGGACGGACACCUCCGUUCUCCCACCCACUAAGCUCCAAACCGGCGGUCAGGCGGCCUGCCCACCUGGGGCCCCCGUCAGCCAGCUGUGCCGGGGCAGGGCUGCUGUGCAGAGAUGGGGUUUUUCCAGUACAGCUGGUUCAUGACAAACUGUGUGAAACUCCCGCCGUGGGUCACCUGCUCGUGCCCCCAGACAAGGCCAGGCUGCGGGGUGGGGCUGGUCCUUCUCCCCCAUACCCCCCAACCACUUCCCCGCCCGGCCUGGGGUCCCCGGCUGCUUCCACGCCGAUGGGUCACCCCACAGAGGUGGGAGGCAGAGCGUGGAUGGGGCUUUGGGUCUCCAGGUGGGACCAGAGUCUUGCCAACCUCCCCCGUAGCUACUCGCCUCCCCAUCCUUGCCCCUGUUUAAUCUAUGAAUCUGCAGGCUUGGUGCGUGUGCACCGCACAAGCAUGCACACCCCGCCGUCCUUCAAACACUAGGUGUUACCCUUAGCUGAGUCCAGAUUCAGAACGUUCUAAAACCGGAUUUCAGUCUCCGUUUUUAUCAGUGGGGAAAUGGAGCCUCUGGCGGCUGAUCACCCACUUGCUCGCUGAAGGUGAGGUGUGAACCCCGGGAGUCAGAGGCUGCCCUCCUCGAACUGAACUGCGCCCCCCCCCCCAACUCUGCGCACUGGGACAUUGCUCUCCUCUCUCUGCUUCUCUUGGUCCAUGGCCCCUGUCCCCAUAUGCCCCUGCGGGAGAGUGCCCUCGGCCCGGUGCCCUCUGGGUCCCCAGGCCAGUGCGGCACCUCCAGGCAGCCCCAGAGGCCCCCCAGUGUGCCCGGCUCAGCCUCCACACACAAAAACAGGGGUGAGGGGAGGAGACGGGUCGCUAUGAGUCGGGGGUGGGGAGAGGGCCCCAGGGUGCGUGGUAGAGCCAGCCUCUGCUCCCUGGGCCUUGGGUCAAUGUCCUGUGGGGUGGCCUCUUGCCCCUGCCACUGUGGGGUCCUUAGGGGAUGUUUGGGUGGGAGGGAUGGGAGGGUCCUGGCACUGUACCCUGCACACAUAAUAAAUGACAAAGAUCACAGAC